AUGCAGAAGGGCGGCAGUCGCACGAGGCUUUCUGCUGCUGAGCUAAAGGUCUUGCAGCCACUGCUCUCUUAUGACGCAGCUGGGCAGAGGGCCGUGGGUUCAGAACCGUUUCAUCUUGCUCCUCUGACCCACGGAGGCAACGGGAUACAACAGGAAAGGCUCCUUCUCCCGCUCUCCUCAGGCAGAGAUGACGGGCCAGAGUCUCAGCUGGAGAUCAGUGUCGUCUAUGGAGUCGUGGUGAUGGAUACCAGCUGGAGGGCUGGGUCUGUUGUUCAUUUGUAUUCAGUCCCAGCUGACAUGUUGAACCCCGAAAGCGUGGUGGUGUCGGUGUCGAAUGUCAGCGCCGUGGCUGGAUCCCAAACUGUCCUGACGUGCAAGAGUUACCGCAUGAUCUGGACCCAGGACCGUCUGAAUGACCGCCAGCGUGUGGUCCACUGGGACUUGUAUAGCAACCAGGAUGGCGAUUACAAGGCGGAGAGGCUGUGUGACAUGUACUCAGCUGGGGAGCAGCGGGUGUAUAGCUCCUACAACCAAGAGAGGAUAGCCAUGCCCGAGAAUGCAUUCGCAGAUGGCAACUUCUCACUGGUGAUCAAAGAUGUUGCAGAGAGCGACCAAGGCACGUACUCUUGUAACCUCCACCAUCACUACUGCCACCUGUACGAAACGGUGAAAAUCCAGCUGGAGGUCACCGAGAAAGCCAGGGAAGUGAAGAGGUACUGGGAUGGCGAGAAGGCCGUGAUCGUUGCCUUGCAGGACAGCACCGUGGUGCUCCCCUGCGUGAACCGGAACCAGAUCUGGACUGAGCGGCACAGCGAGGAGGAGCAGCAAGUGGUGCACUGGGACAGGCAGCCCCCGGGGGUCCCGCACGACCGGGCCGACCGCCUCAUAGACCUGUACGCCUCCGGCGAGCGCCGCUCCUACGGGCCUCUCUUCAUCCGGCAGAAGAUGAACAUCACCGAGACGGCCUUCGCCCUGGGCGACUUCUCGCUGCGGAUUUCAGCCCUGGAGAACGCCGAUGAGGGCACGUACUCCUGCCACCUCCACCAUCACUACUGCGGCCUCCACGAGCGCAGGAUCUUCCGGGUCUCCGUGACGGAGCCAGUGAGAGAGAAGAAGGUGGUGAACCUCACUAACCCCAACAUCGUGCCAGCUGUAGAUCCAAACCUAGGCAGGGGCCAUAACGUGAUCAACGUCAUCAUCCCCGAGAGCCGGGUGCAUUUCUUCCAGCAGCUGGGCUACAUCCUGGCAACCCUGCUCCUCUUCCUCAUCCUCCUCAUCAUUGUGGUGCUCGUUACCCGCAAACACCGGAGGAGAGGCUACGAGUACAACGUGAAGAAAUAUGAAGAGAAGGACAUGAAUCUCAAAGAGUUUUCAGUUGACACAACCGACCUGACCCAGUACAAAAGCGAAGACAUAAGGCUGGAUUUCAAAAACAACAUCCUGAAGGAGCGGGCCGAGCAGGCCAAGAGCUUCCCAGCAAAGAUCAUCGAUUUAGACAAAGAUUUCAGGAAGGAAUAUUGUAAAUGA